AUGUGUGGCAUCUUCGCUUGUCACCGUGUCUUCCAAUUGAGGUUCCUGGUCGCAUCUCUGACCCGCGAUAGUCACCCCGACGUCCAGAAAUUCAAGCCGACGGCCCUCCGGCUGUCCAAGGCUAUCCGCCACCGUGGCCCCGAUUGGAGUAUGUCUAUGCCGCCCGACACUCGCGCGCCGGCGCUGUUUCCCCCCUAUUAUGGUGGACAAGAGAUGGAAGAAGGAACUGUACUGACGGAAAUGGAACUGCAGGCGGCAGUGUUAUCAGCAACCAGACCAUUCUGUGCCAUGAGCGGCUCAGCAUCGUCGGUGUCGAGCGGCGCCCAGCCCCUGACCAACGCCGAUGAGAGCAUCGUCCUUGCCGUCAACGGCGAGAUCUACAACCACCGUCUUCUGCGCAAGAACCUGAAGACGCCGUACCACUUCAAGACCACCUCCGACUGCGAGGUCAUCAUCCCGCUGUACAUGGAGCAUGGCAUCGACGCGGCUAAGUUCCUCGACGGCAUGUUCUCGUUCGUCCUCUACGACAAGAAGCUGGACCGCACAAUAGCCGCCCGGGACCCCAUCGGCAUCACGACGUUCUACCAGGGCUGGUCGUCCAAGGAGCCCGGCACCACCUACUUCGGCUCCGAGCUCAAGGCCCUGCACCCGACCAACCAGCGCACGCGCUACUUCGAGCCCACCUGGUGGGACCCCAAGCGCGUGCCCAGCACGCCCCUGGACCUGACCCUGAUCCGCGAGACCCUCGAGCGCUCCGUCCGGAAACGGCUCAUGGCCGAGGUGCCCUACGGCGUCUUGCUGUCGGGCGGUCUCGACUCCAGCCUGGUCGCCUCCAUUGCCCAGCGCGAGACGCUCCGCAUGCGAGAGCUCGCUGCGGCCAACGGCAGCACCGAGCCGGCGUCCUUUGGCGCCGUGUCGGCCGACAACCACGACAACAUGGACCGCGGUGAGGGCCUGGUCGGCAUUGACGACGACAACAAGCUGUCCACCGUCACCUACCUGCCCCAGCUCAACUCCUUCUCCAUUGGUCUGCCCGGCUCGCCCGACAACAAGGCCGCGCUCGAGGUUGCCAAGUUCCUCGGCACCAAGCACCACGUCAUGACCUUUACCAUCGAGGACGGCCUCAACGCCCUGUCGGACGUCAUCUACCACCUCGAGACGUACGACGUCACCACCAUCCGCGCAUCGACGCCCAUGUACCUGCUGUCGCGCAAGAUCAAGGCCAUGGGCAUCAAGAUGGUCCUGUCCGGCGAGGGCAGCGACGAGAUCUUUGGCGGCUACCUGUACUUCCACGCCGCGCCCGACCGCGAGGCCUUCCACGACGAGACGGUGCGCCGCGUCAAGAACCUGCACCUGGCGGACUGCCUGCGCGCCAACAAGUCGACAUCGGCCUGGGGGCUGGAGGCCCGCGUGCCGUUCCUGGACAAGCAGUUCCUCGAGACCACCAUGAACAUUGACCCCACCGAGAAGAUGAUCACCAAGGAGCGCAUCGAAAAGUACAUUCUGCGCAAGGCCUUUGACACCUCGGACGACCCGAGCGCCGCGCCGUACCUGCCGGACAACAUCCUGUGGCGCCAAAAGGAGCAGUUCUCGGACGGCGUCGGCUACGGGUGGAUCGACGCCCUCAAGGACAACGCCGAGCUGCAGGUCACCGACGAGAUGAUGAAGAACCCCAAGCCCGAGUGGGGCGACGACAUCCCGGACACCAAGGAGGCCUACUGGUACCGCCUUAUGUUCGACGAGCACUUCCCCCAGUCCUGCGCCUCGACCGUUAUGCGCUGGACGCCGACGUGGUCGAAGCAGACUGACCCUAGCGGCCGCGCCAUUGCCACUCACAACGCCAAGUACGACGAGGCCGCUUAA